AUGGCUCAGCAGUUCUGGGUGCCUCAUCCAACAGAAGUGUGGGGAGUGGCCGUGGAGGUGGAGGGUGGCGAAAGCUACAGACUGUUGAAGGCCUUUGAUUCCGCAACCGAAGAAGAUGAUCUAACAUUUUCUCCAAACGCAACGGAAAGACAAUUGAUUAAACCCAUAUUAGAUCUUUCAGGACUUCAAGGCGUUGACAAUAUUUGUGGUCUGUCUGAAGUGACGGAAGCUUCGGUGCUGCAGACAGUGCGGCAGCGAUACAGAGACGGUUUGAUAUACACCAAUGUGGGAAGGAUUCUUUUGUCUCUGAACCCUUUCCAGUUUCUUCCGGUGUAUGGAGAGGAAAUCGUCGCGAAAUAUCUCCUCUCCGAUGACCCGUACUCCUUGCAGCCUCACGUUUAUCAAAUCGCUGCAGAUGCCUUUAAGAGCGUUAGCGAAGAAGGCACUCCACAAUCGGCGCUCAUCACUGGCGAAUCUGGAGCAGGGAAAACGGAAACUACGAAAUUAUUACUGCAGUUUCUGGCAGUUGCAGGGGGGCGUAAAGUCCGUCUAGGUGGGAGGCAGGACGCUGUUUCGGGAGCCGAUGGUUCAGACGAAGAUAAUUCAAUCGAACGGAAGCUACUUGAAGCGAAUCCUGUUUUGGAGGCGUUUGCAAACGCCAGCACAACCCGCAACCCAAACAGCAGUCGGUUCGGCAAGUGGGUGGAGGUGAUAUUCAGCGAUAAAUGCGUUGUAAUGGGUGCUCGCAUCACAUCAUACCUGCUUGAGGUCCCCAGAGUCGUAGGCCAUGCAACAGGCGAAAGAAAUUUUCACGUCUUUUACCAAUUGCUGGAGGGUCUGAAGGACAGUUUGAAGGGCCUGCAAACAGAUUAUCAGUUGAGCACUGAACCUGCCUCCUUCAGCUACCUGCAACCUUUUGAUCCCAGAAGUAGAAUCAACGAUGCCGAAGGUUUGGAAGAACUAAAACAUGCCCUUUUAACUUUAGGCUUUCGGGCUAAGCAGCAAAAUGACUUGUUUUCGAUCGUUGCAGCUUUGCUGCAUCUUGGAUGCAUCUGCUUUGUUCCCGACAGCGGCUUGUUGGAAUUGUUUGUGACUCGUCCUCUCAAGACGGGAAGCGAAGUCAUAAAGGCGGUGUUGGCUCCUGAGAAGGCAGCAGCUGCUCGUGAUGGCUUUGCUCAACUGGUUUACAGCUGCCUCUUUUCCUGGUUGAUAGCACGCGUCAACGAAAGCCUCCAGCCUCCUCCUCAGCCUUGUGCACUGGAGACGAGGAUGGUGGGGAUUCUGGAUAUAGCGGGUUUUGAGAGUUUUGUGCGCAACGGCUUUGAACAGUUGUGCAUCAACUUGAGCAACGAGAAGCUACAGAACCACUUUAACCAAGAUAUUUUCCUAAAGGAGCUAGAAGAUUAUGAAGCGGAGGGGCUGCAGGGCCUAAACGUGUCCUUCCAAGAUAAUGCUCAAGUGCUGGACGCCAUAGAGGGAAAAGGAGGUGCGCCGAAUGCUGUGGUUAACUGA